AGGAAAUUUGACCUCUCGUUUGCGCUCCAGCGCAGCAUUGCACUGGUGGACCAUUGCGCACGGCCGAGGGGGUUAGCUAGCCAUCUACCCGCUAACUGGGUUGAGCGCCUAAGCUUUGUCUUCAUUCCUCGCACGUAUGGUGUCAGCUUACUAUGUGACAACAACAAAAAAUAAAGGCAGGCUUUCCGCGUGCAUUUAUUUUUGCACAGGGUCAAGUGUAAUCAAACGGAUGAUAUCCCUGGCAAGUUAACGUUAACGAUCGCGAAGAGAAACGGCUAACCGUAUUUACGGUAGCUAGCUACCUAGCUAGUUAGCUAACCAGUGCCAAACGGCGAUAGAAACACUUCAUCCGAUCUCAGGGAGGAAGCACGACUAAACCCAAACCGAGCCACAUUUGAAGGAGGCGGCCUACAGGGAUGUCCAAGGCGACCAAAUCCCCCUCCCGCUCUCGGUCCGGCUCCGGGUCCCGCUCCCGGUCCCGGUCCUUCACCCGGUCCCGGUCCAGAAGCCGCUCGCGGUCCCGCUCCAGGAAGCACCGCUACAGUUCUAGGUCUCGCUCUCGCUCCAGAUCCCAUUCCCCAGCUCAUAACCGGGACCGGAACUACCCACGAGAGUACCAGAACAACCGCGAGUUCCGCGGCUACCACAGAGGCUUCCGGAGGCCCUACUACUACCGCGGCCGGGGGCGGGGCUACUUCCCGCGUGGCCGCUACCAGCGCGGAGGGGGCGGCGGCUACAACAACAACUACCGGCCCAACAACUGGCAGAACUACCGGCAGCAUCCGCAACAGCCGCCUGCGCCGCACCACCAGCAUAGCCCCAGGAGGGGGCGCUCCCGCUCGCGCACGCCCAAGAAGCGCUCGGGCAGCCCGCGCUCCCGCAGCCGCUCCCGCUACUCGGACCGCUCCUCCUCAGGGAGGUCGCGGCGCUCCCGCGGCUCCUCCUCCUCCUCGUCCCGCUCCUCGUCCCCGCGCCGCCGCUCAGGCUCCGGCUCCGCCAAGCGCGGCUCCAAAGAUGUGAAGGACCGCUCGGCUUCUAAGGAGGCGGCGCAGAGUGCGGGCAGGGCAGGCGAUGGGGAGGCGGAGCCGGCGGCGGGGGGCGGGGCCAGCGGUGGGGCAGCGGGGGAGGACGGGAGUCUCUCCGACAGGCCCACGGGAAACUGGCAGGGCCUGACGGACUACAGCACCAGUCCUAAGAGGGCCAGCCCGCAGCUGCGCUCCGCUAUCAUCAUCAGCCAGGGGGCGUCAGUGAGCAGCCAGCCCAGCCCCUCCCCCAAGAGCUCCAAUGCUUCCAACAGCGCCACACCCUGGUCAAAUGUGGGCACUGCACCGUCCAGCAAGAGCCCUCCUGAGAAAAGCCCCACGGCUGGCUUCUCUGGCUUCGGGUUCUUUUCUAAAGAGGACCACAGGGCAGGAGAAAAAACUGCCAUCUCUAAGGCUUUUAAAAAGUUCCUGGAGGAACACAAGAGUAAAAAACAGGCCUCAGAGUGGGAGAAUGGGCGGGACAAGGACCCGAACGACGGCGAGGCGGAGCGGGAGAAGGGCAUCUUUGACAGGGGGCCGGCCUACGGAGGUGGCUCCAAGGGCGGAGAAUAUGGCGCCUCCAAGGCCGAGAAGGAGAAGUACAAGUACGGGGAGGGCUUUGAGGCGGGCCCGUCGUCCGCUGGCUUCAUGAAGGCGCCGCCCUUCCUCUGCGGCGAUGGCGAGGAAGACGAGGAAGAGGAGGAGGAGGAGCCGAGGCCCAAGGCCCGCAAAGAGCGAGAGGGCGAGGACGAGCCCAAGCCGAAAACCAAGGUCACCCUGUCCGCCCGCGAGCUCUUCGAGGAGCGAUUCGGGAAGUGGGACGACCUGGCCUACUUCCCCUCGGCCAAGGAGCGGUCCCGCAAGGAGGCGGACCCUGGCGACGACGACCUGGAUGACAUCGAGGAAGAGCUGUACCGCAGCCGGAAGCAGGAGAGGGCGGCGGCGCUGGCCGCUGCGCUCGCCAAGAAGGAGGCAGUUGCCCUGUUCAGGGGCUUCUCCCCGGAUAAGCUGGCCAAGGGCCGCAAAAAGGAGAAGGCGGGGCAGAGCCCGUCCCCGCCCCCCCGCAGGAGUUCGGAGACCCGGGACAGGGACACGUUCAUGGUCAGAAAGGAUGACUCUCCUGUCAGGGCCUCUGGGAAGAGAGGGGCAGAAUUUGGUGUGAGAAUGGACUCCUUCAGGGACGAUAUUGCAAGCUCCUCGGGGGUUUUGGCCAAUGAGCGUCGGAUCUCUCGGGAUCUGGUGCACCCCGUGAAAAAGGAUCAGGAGUUUCGCUCCAUCUUCCAGCACAUUCAGUCCACUCAGUUACGCAGGAGCCCCUCAGAGCUGUUUGCACAGCACAUCGUCACCAUCGUACACCACAUCAAAGCACAGCACUUCCCGUCCCCAGGGAUAACGUUAAAUGAACGGUUUGCCAUGUACCAAAGAAGAGCAGCGGAAAAGGAAAUGGCGAAGCCGAGGAAAAGCCCAGAAAUACACAGGAGAAUUGAUGUUUCUCCAAGUGCUUUUAAGAAGCACUCUCAUCUGUUUGAGGACAUGAAAGCCCCCAUCGAUGGCAGCUACAAGGACGAAGGGAAAAAAAUGAAGGGCGACUCAAUGGAUCUGCGCCUGGAUAUUGAGCGCCGUAAAAAAUACUCCAGCAAGGAGCGAGACCACAAAAGGGAUGGUGGGAGGGACUCUGCCGAUUCCAGAGCCUCCAGCCGAGAGAGGUCCACCGAGAAAUCCUCCAAGCACCACAAGAAGGCCAAGAAAAGCAAGAAGAAGCGGGAACGCUCUCGGUCCUCCUCUGCCUCCUCCUCCUCCUCCCACUCCCACCGGGUGGGGGACUACCCCCACGAGGACAUGGAGCCCAAAGAGGAGGGCUUCAACAAGGCCCGUCUGGGGCCCCGGGACUACGGUGGCCCCAUGGAGAGAGGCCGCGCCCGCGGCGGCUUCCAGUUCAGAAUAAGAGGCAGGUCCUGGAACAGGGGAAAUUACCCAGGCAACAAUAGCAAUGGCAACCCACAAAACAUGGGCAUGCCAAUGCACCCCAAGAACGAGGACUGGGACCCAGAGUACACCCCCAAGAGCAGGAAGUAUUACCUGCAUGAUGACAGGGAAGGGGAGGGGGAGAAGAAGUGGCUGGACAACCGUGGGCGUGGCCGAGGCAACUUUGUCCGUGGGCGUGGCCGUUUCAUCUUCCGGAAGACCACCACCAGCAGCAGCAGCCCCAAGUGGACCCACGACAAGUUCCAGGGCAGCGGCGAGGAGGGUGAGCUACGUGACGAGGACAGCGAGCAGGACCACAAGGAGGAGGAUAAAGCCGUGGGCACCGCCGGCUCCGAGCAGUAAGGGGUUAGAGAGCGCCCCCUGGUGCUCAGGAGGCCACCAAGGAGAACCUACAACAUCUUUUUUUUUUUUUUUUUUUUUUGUUGUUUUUCCAUCCAUUCAUGACCUUAACCACAGAUAUAAUGCAAAGACAUCCUCCACUCAGAUGACAGGAGCAGACGCCACCGAGCAUUUUUGCAACUGUGCUGAAACAGGAGCGUCUGUAAACGGAAGUGAAAACACAGUAGAGCAGAGGGAGGUGGGGACUUUUUUAACACUGUUUAAUUUUCUUGACUGAUUCCUCUGGACUUUUUUCAGUACAAAUUGCAUAUUUUUAUGGGACAGUUUUAAUUUCAGGAGUAACUUCACUGAAGUUGUCACGGUUUUCUCUGUGUUUUCGCCUGCUGGGAAAGCCCUGUUUGGCUGGUAGUGGCGAUGUUGUAAUUCAGUCUGGCGGGGGUAGAAUGCACCAGAGUGCAGCUCCUGCCUUUUCUGUGGUGGCUCGAUCGGCCACCAGGCUCGAAAUGCUAAAACAGCAUUCAUACUUAGCGCAGCAAAGAUGAUCUGGCCUUUCUGAACAAGGCCGUAAAUUCAACGUGAUUUAUGAAAUGAUUAAAUUGAAUCUUUUGAAAAAAGAAUGUUUCCUUUUUUAUUUUUAAAGGGCAUGAAAGGGAGAAAAUAAAUUUGUGCCUUAGACGUGUACAGAUAAAUUUAUAUGUAGUUACACGUAUAUAUAUGGCAGUUUUUUUUUUUUCCUUUCGGUAUUGUUUCACAGUGGGCAAACAACACUGCUUCUAGGGGGAGUUUGGCGUUUGUAUUUUCCUCUCUUUAGUUGAUCGUGUGGGACAAGGGUAGUUCAGUGUCCUCCAGGACCCCUCACUGACAAUGGGACCAAGCUGCUGGGGAGGUCUAAGCUCAUAUCCAACAGACUGACACGGUUUCCUUGCUCGAACAGAGCGGCACGCUAAGCGUUAGCGUUACACGGCAAAGGGAGACGUCGGUCUACGCUGUCACAUAACCACAAACGUCUGGACUGCAGGCUGAAAUGCAGUCCCUUCCCGCUGAGUCGUUGAGGUCAUUUCAUUAUUCUUCCUGGGUUAUUAAAACGCCCGACUUCUGUUAUAGAGGUGUCUUCACUGUAAGCAGAUCAGUGGAUACUGUUCUUGAUUCUCUUAUGUAUUUUUAAACAUCAAGGUUGUUGUUUUUGUUUUGGUAUCUAGAAAUUUCAUAAAUGUCAAAUGCUUAAGUUUGUGCCUCUUUUUAUUUUUUUGAGAAUUCACUCAUGUAACUUUCUAAAUAAGCAACACAAUUACUGAAAAAAGAAACUGUGCGAUUAUUUGUAGAAACUAAAUUAUUGCGGCCUUUGUAAGCGGGAAAACUAAGGUGAUUAUGAUGAUGUAUUUUGUUGGUGUAGUCUAUCAAUGUUUGGAUGCUCUAGCCGUCUUUUCUUUUUGAGUGUGAAAUUUUUUUCCUCUGUAAUUUUUAUUUUAGUAUUUGUUAUCAAUACACAAGAACAUGGCUCCAACACUGUCUGUCAAUGCAGCAGAUCUGCGGAAAGGUGACCACAACAGGCAUGAUGCAGUAAACUGACAUUCCACUGCAUUUGAAUGAGGAAUAAAUUGAAUUUAAACACUUGCAAAGUAUGUUUUUUUUAAAUAUCUUACCUGUUAAGCUUAGGAGUAAUUAUUUCAAGGGAUAUUUUUAGUUAUAUCAUCUUAAAUGAUAUAUUCUAUGGUUUCAGUGGGUGUGGCCCAACCCGUAACUUCUGUAACUCUCUGUGGGUCUGGUAAAUAGCUGUUAUUAGAGAUGUCAGAAUAUUUAACCUAAUUUCCUGUAAAUAGCAAAAUAAAAUGGUAAACUUAAAAAAAAAAACAUUAUCUGUUGAUUUGGAAUCAGCAAGAUAACUGACCGCUCAAUGGUGAACAUUAGGGUGUAACUGUACUGCUGUGUUACCAAGUGAAUGAGCAAAUUGGCUAUGUUCCAAUCUCAGCACUGUGUGAGCGAUUACACUAAUGCUCACUUUUUUCCUUCUACAGCAUUUAAAGGGCAUCGUUUCACAGUUUCUGUUAAAUAUAAAAUUUUAUUGAAAAAUGAGAAUUAGUGCAGUGGAUCGUUGUUUAUAUGAAAGACAGUUUUGUGGCUCAGUUUUAAAUAUUAAAAAUGCAGUUGGAACCAUGUUCUCGUGUAUUAGCAGUGUACUUUCAGCAAGGUGCAACCCUGUCUCACUGUAGCUGUGUGUGUGUUAACUCACGUUCCCAACAGGAAGUGUAAGAGGAUAGAAAUGUCUGUUGAAGAGGGGGAAAUUAACACAGGAAUGAAGACUACAUAGUGCCAUCAGAGAAAAUAUUGCAAGAAAAAGACAGUUGCACUGUGUUGAGCUGUAUCUCUUGUUCUGGAUUGCACUGCAUUGCUGAUGCGCAGGAUAUACUUUGACUGUGAUUGAUGUUUUUUUGUUAAUUGUCAACA